ACAAAGGCUACCCGUCCAUCCAGACUCUCGGGCCACCCUGCUGCUGCUUCCUGGGACCAAGCGAACGACUGCUCUACUCGCCUCGCCCCUCCGCGCAACCUCGAACUCGAAGUCGGGUAGACAGACAGACAUCAUGAAGACGAACCAUGUUGCUAAGGCGGCUCUCGCUGCUGGGCUCUGCUCCACUGCCGUGCUCGCGCAGUCUUGCUCGUCCGUCCUUGUCCCCGCCUACAAGGCACCCUCGGUCGCAAGCGGAUGGCAGGCACAGCUUGUCGCUGACGGGCUCAAGAAGCCUCGGAGCCUGCAGUUUGACAGCACCGGAGCCCUGCUCCUGGUCGAGAGCGGCAAGGGCCUCUCGCGGAUAACCUUCAAGGACAACGGCGGAACCUGUCUCCAGGUCGACAAAUCGACCUUGCUCGUCGACAACACAGGGUUGAACCACGGCCUUGCCCUCUCAAACGACGGAAAGACCAUCUACGCCUCUACCGUGAAGUCAGUCUUUGCCUUUGAGUACGAUCAGAAGACCGGCACAGUUAGCGACAACCCGCGGGUUAUCAUUGACAACAUGAGCAACAACGACCUCGUCACUCGCACGCUCCUCGUCUCGAAGAAGAAGGAUGGCUACAUCGUUGUCUCCCGCGGCGGCACCGACGACCUGGCCGGGGCGACGGUCCUCUCGUCCGGUCUCUCGCAGAUCCGCGCCUUCGACCUCUCCAACUUCACCUCGGACUCCAAGCCCUACAACUUCGACAGCUCGGGCCGCGUGCUGGGCUGGGGCCUCCGCAACUCGGUCGGCGUCGCCGAGCACCCGACUUCGGGAGGCAUCUACAGCGUCGAGAACUCGAUCGACGACGUGACGCGCGACGGCGUCGACAUCCACGAGAACAACCCGGGCGAGGAGCUCAACUUCCACGGCCUCCUCAGCGACCCGGUCGAGGGCCAGCCCAAGAACUACGGCCACCCCAACUGCUUCGCCGUCUGGGACACGGCCGAGAUCGGCGACAACGACGGCCUGGCCGUCGGCAAGCAGUUCGCCAUGACCGAGAACAGCACCAUGACCGACGAGAUCUGUGCAAAGGACUUCGUCCCACCCCGCCUGACCUUCCCUCCCCACCAGGCGCCGCUGGACAUCAAGUUCAACACCGAUGGGAGCGUCGCAUACGUCUCCUUCCACGGCAGCUUCAACAAGAAGAACCCCGUCGGCUACCGCAUCUCCUCCCUGACCUUCGACCCCAAGACAGGCGAGCCGACCGCGCCCAUCACCAGCACCGACGCCCUCUCCGACAUCAUGAGCAACCCGGACGACAACGAGUGCCCGGAGAACUGCUUCCGGCCCGCCGGCCUCACCUUCGACAGCGCUGGACGCCUGUGGCUGACGUCGGACACCACCGGCGAGAUCUACGUGCUCCAGCAGGUCACCUCCAAGGGCUCGCCCACCGCCACCGCCAGCGGCACCAUCGUCACGUCCACAAAGGGGCCCAAUAGCGCCGGCGUGAGGUCGACUGCUGCGUUGGGGUAUGCUGCUGCUGUCGCGGUUGUUGGUGCGCUGUUCGCGGUUAUGUAAAGAGGAGUCGGAGGUUGCUACGUAUAAUGCGAGUUUGUAAUUGGUGUUGAGAUUGAGACGAAGCCUUUUUGGGGCCGUUAAAGGGGGUUAGUUCGCUGAACUUUGGAAUCACUUCGAGGCCCAAGCCUGUCUUUGACUGUAUUAGGACGAACAUCCAAACGGUGCGUCGCGUGCGUCUGAGCAA